AUGAAGCGAUCAUCAGCUCUCUCCAGGCCUGCAUCUGCUUCAACCUCUUCGACCAGAACUGUGUUAGAUCCCAUGGAGUCAUCAAUAGAAGCAUUCGGCCAAUAUGAAAAGAUAACUACUCGACUAAAACGAUUGCUAGACCAGUACACCGAUGGAUUUGCAGUACUUAAGGAGCUUGUCCAAAACGCCGACGACGCUGGUGCCACUGAAGUGAGAUUCCUAUACGACGAAAGAGCUAACAACGAUGCCAUGACCCACCUGCUUGAUGAAGGGAUGAAAGAAUGCCAGGGCCCUGCCCUCUGGGUCUACAAUGACGCCGAAUUUACGGAAAAGGACUUUGAAAACAUUGAGAAAUUAAGCGGAGCCACAAAAGAGCACCACACCGAAAAAAUUGGAAAAUUUGGACUUGGUUUCAACGCAGUCUACAAUUUAACAGAUGUGCCCAUGUUUUUAAGCAGAAACUACUUCGUAGUUUUUGACCCUCACAUGUCACAUCUUGGAAGGCACAUAAAAAACCCCGCGAAGCCAGGUGUUAAAAUAGAUCUCAACAAGAACCCAGAGGCCCUAAGAGCACGCUAUAGAGGGCAGUUUAAGCCCUUUGAUGGAAUCUUUGGCUGUGACCUACGUCUAAGUAAGAGAGACAACUCAUUUCGGGGAACUCUUUUCCGGUUUCCAUUGAGGACGAGUGAGCAAGCUCAAAGAAGCGAGAUUAAGCAGUUGGAUUACAACGACCACGAAAUGCGAAAACUUUUGCAAAUGUUCCUUGAAGGGGCCGAAAGUUUGCUUCUUUUUUCACAAAAUAUCCUCCGCGUGGGAAUUUACAAUUUGCCGCGCACUUCGCUUCCAGGUGCAUCCCUUUUACUAUUUCAGGUGACAAAAUCACUUUCUUCGGUUGGAAUACCAAGGGAGCUGUCAUCCUCUGUCACGCUACCCACCACAGCAGGGAAGCUAAGCAAAGAGGAAAAGAGGCUUCUCCAAGAAAGUAACUUUCUUCAAGCAGCCUCAAGAUUUAUGGUGGACCUAAGAAAUGGUAGAGAUGACGUUAGCAAUUCUCCACAAUCGUCAGUAUCCAUAGAGAUCGACUGUAAUCUCACCAACAAAGGCGUGGAAUUUUUUGGUGGUGGCCUUCCAUGUGGGCACGAGAAAACGACAUGGCUCGUUGUCUCAUCAAUGGGCAGGGGUGAGGCUAUGAGUUUCAUCAUGGGUCAUAGUGAUACUACCCUUGUUCCGUCGGCAGGAGUAGCUGUUCAGCUGAUUUCAAGAGGUCUUGACGGGUAUGUCCCUUCGCCUGUCGUUAAGAAUAUUGAUGGCGUAGAUGUUAACGGUUCUGUUUUCUGCUACCUUCCCCUUCCGAUCCACAGUGGUUUGCCAGUGCACAUAAAUGGGGCAUUUGCUGUAGCUGCUGACAGACGAAAUUUAGAGAGGAAAGUUGAGGAUGACAAAUCAUGUCAUGGAGUUAAUUGGAACAAAGUACUCAUGGAAGACUCGGUAUGCACCGCGUAUUUAACUCUUCUUGACGACCUCAAGUCACUUGUUACCCAUGGAGAUUCUUAUCAGUUCCAUUUGCUGUGGCCAAAGAGCUCGACCGUACAACACAACUGUAGGUCCCUCAUGAAGUCCUUCUACAAAAGUGUUGCCAAUAGGGGUUUCUCCCUUUUUUCUGACGGACGUCAGUGGGUCGACAUCAACAAAAUCGUUUUCCUUGAUCCAAAAUUUCGCGAAGCAUCUGAAAUUGGACAUGCUGCGUUUGAAGUUCUUCAACUCCUUUACAGAUCUGCUCGAAAUACAGUAGUUAUUGAUUUACCGUCUGAUAUAUUGAUGUCUUUCGAAGAGAGCAAUCAGGAGAGAACAAUGAACAAAAAGAAAUACAGCGAGGUCGCUUUUUAUCGCCAGUGCUUCUUUCCUCAGAUGCUGAGAAUUCCGGUUAACGUUAGAGACCUGUUGAUGCUUCAUGCGUUAGACAAUGGUCGCGAUUUUGACUCAUUGAUAAAGGCACAUGCCUGCAUUCCGGUAUCACCAUCUGGCAAGACUCUCAAGUGCCCAAGUCAACUUGUAGAUCCCAGAAAGGAGGUAGCAGCAUUGUUCUCCUCUGACGAAGGAAAGUUUCCUUUUGGCAAUGAGGCAUCGUACCGCAGCCCUCAAAGACUGACCAAACUUGAAGGGCUGGGAAUGUGUUCGGAUGAUCUUCCAUGGAGUGAAGUAGCAGAGAGAGCUGAGAGUAUCCAACGGUUAAACAUGACCGACCCUAAUGCAGCAUUAAAGCGUGUUGAGGAGCUAUUGAGGUUCAUGGAGGGGAAGAUAAAAAGGGAGAGAGGGAAGAUGAAAAUGGCGCGAUCCUCAAAAAGACGAGAGUACUCGCUUCAAGCUGGAAUCUAUCAGCGUCUUUCGCAGGCUAAAUUUCUUCCCGUUCUUAAAAAACCAGAAAACUUUCCACUUCCCUGGAAAGGAGAUGCUCUUCAAGGGAAGCAACAAGUGUUGCUUUCACCGAAGGAAGUGUUCCUUCAAGAUAAAAAGUACCUUGUAUGUUGCAGUGAGCCAUUGGUUGGUAUUAGCCUUCCAAGAAAUGUUGAAAAGUGUUUAAAGCUAGACACAAAAGAUGCCUCCUUAAGCCAUGUGACUCAACAGAUCGAAUGCGCAAUGUCCACAAAUGUGGAUUUGCUGAAUGUUACCAAGUAUCAAGAAGUAACCUGUAUUUGCCAUGAAGCUUAUAAAUAUCUUAACAAAACCGUGGGAAUCAAUGGUGAUGAGUGCAUACAAUUUCUACAUGGAAAGAAUUUCAUUCUGGUCGAGAGGAGGUUUCUCUCUGCUAGGGAAGUAGCAUUUGAAUUAACGGCUGAUUGUGCACCAUAUCUUUACAAACUGCCGCAGCAACUUACCGAUACUUUCCCUGACAUGAUGGAAGCGGCAGGGGUAAAGGAAGUUUUUGAUAAAAAGGAUUACAUUUCAAGCCUGCAGGAAAUAAAGAGUCAGUUUGGAGAGACUAAACUAGAUGAAAAAACCCUUCAAGUUUCAGUGAACCUGACACUCCAAUUGAGCAAAGUAAUGAACGUUUCUGAGAUUAGUGCAUCUCAGUUGCAAAAAGAGACUGUUUUUCUUCCUGACUCAAAAGGGGUGAUGAGAGCAGUGUCAGACCUUUGCAUUAGAAAUUGCCCCUGGAUUGGAGAUGAAGCAGACGUGCACUACGUGAACGAUAGAAUACCUUGGCCAACCUGUCAAAAAAUGGGGGUUAAAACACGUCGAGAAGAAGCUUUGCAAUCUCACACGAUUGGGCUUCCAUGUGGUCAAACUGAGAAACUUGCGAAUCGUCUUCGUCGUAUUCUGACAGAGUAUCCUUGUGAAAAGGAAAUUUUGAAGGAACUUGUUCAAAAUGCAGAUGAUGCACAGGCAACUGAAAUUUGCUUCAUCAAAGACCCGAGGUACCACCCCAAGGAAAGGAUCUUCGAAGACAGUUGGCAACCCCUGCAAGGUCCUGCGUUAUGCGUCUACAACAAUAGGCCCUUUACAAGGGCGGACAUAGAUGGCAUACAGAACCUUGGCGAAGGAAGUAAGGGGGGUGAUCCUUGUAAAACUGGCGAGUAUGGGGUUGGGUUUAACGCUGUCUACCACUUGACUGAUGCGCCCUCAUUUAUUUCAAAAGGAGGAGAUGUUGGAGACGUUUUGUUAGUAUUCGACCCAGACUGCAGAUACGCACCUGGUGCGAGUUCCGAAAAACCCGGAAGGAUGUUUAAAGUCAGCGAAAAACUCCAGAAGGAUUUCCCUGAUGUUUUCCGCUGUUAUCUUGGAGAACUAGAACGUUUUUCAGGAGAUAACGCAACCAUUUUUAGGUUUCCUCUACGAAGUGAAGAAAUGGCGAUAGAGUCCAAAGUCUCGUCAAGGGCUGUAACACUGGAAAAACUAGACAGAAUGAUGGAGGAGCUCAAGAGAGAAUUAUUUGAAGUUCUUCUUUUCGUUGAUAACGUCAAAAAGAUAUCUCUUUGUGAGGUUGAAAAAAAAAGCGGAAAGCUGGUAAACGAUUACACGGUGGAAGUUACCUUAACAAAGGAGGACGAAGAAAAGAGAAAAUAG